AUGCGACUAAAUUUCAUUUAUGUUGGGUCGAUCAUUUUUCUUGUUGUCCAUCAUGUACAAUUGGCCAAGGCAAAUGGUAUUGAUCUGCUGAUUGAAAAAUCUAUUUCCAAUGCAUUUACUUCUUCUGAUAAUAACAAUUACAAUUGUACUGCUAUACACGAGAUCCCUCGAGCAGAUCAAUGUGAAUUUAUACGUGAAGAAUGUUCAGAUUAUAAACUUGGAUAUAUAAAUUAUCUUCGUUUGUACUAUUGUACAUUUUCAUUUCUUCGUCUAGGAGCGAUUGUCCCAUUGUUAAUCAUACUUGGGUUAUUAUUUGUCAGUUUGGGCCUAACAGCUUCUGAUUAUCUAUGUCCAAAUCUAUACACUAUAUCGGUCUUUUUGAAGAUGUCUGACAAUUUGGCAGGCCUCACUCUUCUUGCCUUGGGGAAUGGAGCUCCAGAUAUAUUAAGUACCUUCACAGCGAUGGACUUGGGAUCUGGCGAUUUGGCAAUUUCUGAGUUGGUUGGUGCUGCAUUUUUCAUAACCACAGUAGUUGUGGGUACCAUGGGAAUCUUGCACCCGUUUAAAGUACCCGAAGUCCCCUUUAUAAGAGAUGCUGGGUUCUUUGCAGCUGUGACGAUAGUAUUGUUCCACGCAUCUCUCACACAGAAAUUAACUACUAUGCACUGUAUAGUGUUGGUAUCUUUAUAUUUGAUAUACGUUGUCAUUGUCAUAUCCUCGCACUCAAUUGCCAAAUCUAGGAGCCGACAAAGAAUGAGACAGAUUCGAGCAAGGGGAAAUUAUAUACAUGGAACUGAGAGAUUAUCCAGCGUAAACGAUGAAGUUGAUGAGGAAUUCGGCGAUGUUGAUGGUGAUGCCGUUUAUUUGGAAGAUUUGGAUACACUCCCAACCAUUGAAGAGCUCUUAAAUAAUCACAACAAUCAAUUGACUCUGGAACGUGUUUUAAGAAGUAAUACUUCCUCCUCUUUACCAACGGGUCAUUAUGGGUUGAACGUACUCCUCAAGAAUUUACAACAACACUCAAAUAAUGGAUCAAUCCAACUUCCGUAUGACGUUGACAACGAUAUUGUAAUCACCGGUCGUCUGGCAACAGCGCCUGAAAUGUCUUCAACCCAACCAGAAGAGACCCAGACCAACAUACGACCACCUCCAACUAGAUACAGAGAUGAUGAUUCUGAUCUGGAAUCUUUGGAAGUUCGAUAUCAGGGGAACAUAAUAUCUACAUCUCGAUCUACAAGUUCGUUACUAUCAAAACUUUUUAUUCCAAAUCUUACUUCAUUCAAAACGAUGUCUUUACACAAUAAAAUUUUUAAUCUUGCCAUGUUACCAAUAUUCAUUCUUUUAAGAGUCUCGGUUCCAGUUAGAGAUCAAGCCUCAGUGCACAAGUUAGAUUUCCAAGAGAGGGCACAAUUCGACUCUCAAUUUGCACCCCAGCAAUCUACGGAUAUCAUUGACGACGACCCAAUUGACUAUGAUUUUGAUAGGACUUUACUUCGAAUUCAGAUAUUUUUUGCGGUCACACUUAUAGCAUGUGUAUGGUUUGAUCAUGUCACACAUUUCUGGUCUACAGUAUUUCCUAUAUCUGUGAUAUUAUCCAUUAUCCUUUCAAUGUGUGUAUAUUUGUUCUACCAGAAAAUCAAUGGUAUUAGACGCAUUAGGAUCUUUUAUUACGUACUGUCAGUAAUUGGAUUUAUUACUUCAAUAACUUGGGUGUCCAUCUUUGCCACUGAAAUCGUUGCCAUAUUAAAAAUUGUAUCAUUGAUUUAUAACAUUAGCGACGAAGUAUUGGGAUUGACGGUGUUUGCAUUAGGUAAUUCUGUUGGAGAUUUCAUAUCUAAUUAUACAAUAGCAAGUAUGGGAAUGCCUCUAAUGGCAUUUGGUGCAUGCUUUGGAGGCCCCAUUCUUACAUUUUCCUCUUUAGGAGUCAGUGGGCUCAUUAUUAUAAAUGGCUCGCCUGACUAUGAAGGUGCAUAUAUCUUAAAAAAAUCUUCAACUCUUGCGAUUUUGAUUUUGGGAUUGGGGGCAAGUCUAUCAUUCUUAUUAAUGAGAGUCACCACAAACAACAUGGUUGUGGAUAAGAAAAUUGGAACUAUUCUAAUUUGUAAUUGGAUUGUAACAACUACAAUCUGCUUAAUCCUAGAAUGUAUUUAA